AUGCUGCUCUUGCACACUACCGGUGUCAGUAAAAUUGGCGAAAUCCACCGAUAUACAAUUACCUAUACACCAUCUGUUGACCGUGUUCUUCCUCCGCCUUCUGCGCUGCAUCUCCGGAUAAAGAAUACUGCGUCGCUACCCCUACGUGCCGCGUACUUACACGGUCCGUAUACUCUCUACGUUUCGGUUCGGCGUCAGGAGUUUGAGCCAUGGAGUUCGAGCACCCCAGGCACCGAAGGUCGGAAGGAGGAGUUAGCCCAAGAGGAUGACCGAAAUCCGGUGCUGGUUGGUGAAGGAGGUAUUCCUGUAUUUGAGCCACAGCUUAAGGCCGGCUCCUCAUUUUAUGCGACGCUUCCAAUCCCCUCAGAUCUCAUCGAAGAUGCACUCAAUAAUGUCCGCCGGGAAGGCGAGACGACACCCAAUCCCUCCACCCAUACACGUAGAGCCUUUGAACAGGGCGGCCAGCAAUCUACCCUCACCAGUGUAGACACAAAACUACAACGUAAGAGCGUAACGUGGAUUGUGGAGGUUAUCAGUCAGACCAUUUUUUCUGCUACCGCACAGGUUGGAUUUGAGGUUAUAUUAGGUCGAGAUGAGAAGAGUUUAAACUACAGUACUCUUCCGGGACCACGACCCCAAACUGCAGGCUCAACAGAUAGUGACCGGUCUAAUAGUGAUAUCUACAGUCGAGCUUUGAAGGUCAAAACUCAGGAUACACAGGAUUUGUGGAACACCCCGCCUUUCCCAAGUUGGAACCGGGAAGAAGACUGGCGUAUGCAGAAUGGUGAAUACCUAGAUCCAGAAGAUCAAGAUGAAGCCAAAGAAAGGCGGCGAAGGAAGAAGAAAAGAAAGACAAAGAAGGUGCAUCUUGUCAUCCUCACGCACGGCCUCCACAGUAACACUGGUGCAGACAUGUUAUUCAUGAAGGAGGCAAUUGACGAGGAAGCACGAAAAGGCGACAUUGCUUGGCGGGAAAGACGACGGAGGGAACGCGCGGAAAGUGGUAAGAUACUAACCGAUAGCGAAGCUGAGGAGGAAGAGGAGGAAGAGGAUCGAGAGCAAGUGAUUGUCAGAGGAUUUCAUGAUAAUGUCUGCCGCACUGAACGAGGGAUAAAAUAUCUCGGCCGUCGUCUUGCCCGCUAUGUCCUUCACCUUGUACACCCCAGCACCUCCCCCCCGCCCCGCUCUGGCCCUAACAAGCUGAGUAAACGACCUACACACCAUCAUCCACAUUUGACGCCGUUCGCUCAGCUUGCUUCUUUGGCUGACCAUGACAGAGAUGAUGAUGUGUCACCGUAUAAAAUUACAUCUAUCUCUUUUAUUGGACACUCCCUCGGUGGUUUGGUGCAAACUUAUGCUAUUGCAUAUAUUCAUGCACACUCUCCCAACUUCUUUACGGAUAUAAAACCCAUCUCUUUUGUCGCUUUAGCGACUCCGUUUCUAGGCCUUAGUAACGAAAAUCCGAUGUAUGUCAAAUUUGCACUUGAUUUUGGUCUUGUCGGCCGUACAGGGCAAGACUUAGGAUUGACCUGGCGCGCGCCGAGUGCAUUCUCAGCCUUCACGGCAAAACCAGCGGUAGCGGCACGCCCAACAGAUACAAGCAAGCCCUUGUUGAGGAUUUUGCCGACUGGGCCAGCACAUGAAGUGUUGAAGAAGUUCCGCAAUAGAACCGUCUACGCAAAUGUUGUCAAUGAUGGAAUCGUCCCGUUACGAACAAGUUGCUUGCUGUUUCUAGACUGGAAAGGCCUUGGAAAGGUUGAGAAAGCACGAAGAGAGAAUAGUGCUGUUCAAAGUCUUGUUGGUUGGGGUUGGGGCCAACUUAUAAAUAGCGGAAGCACUAGUCCGCGUGGAAGUGUAUACUCCCCAACCUCCACCAAAAGUAGGACCGAUAGUACAACCACCAGCCCUGUCUCCCCAGCAUUUCGAGAUAAAGGCAAGAUGGGGAAAGAACAAGGAGGGAAAAGCCCCCUCAUUCUCACGAGUGAUGAUGAUGAUGAUAAUCCCAUCACGGAGGCGCCACUAACUAGCGAGCCCACAACACGGGAAUCUAAGGCUGAGUUGGGGUCUUCUUCAACGGAACGUUCCUCCUCCGCCAAAGGCUCUAGCACUCCAAAUGCACUUACUACUCUCAUGACAUUGUUCCGUCCCAGUGCCUCGAGUAAAAGUAAGGGCUCUGACUCUAAAUCGUCUAAAAUUUACCGCCGUUCACAAACAAAUCCCCAUGACGAUGACUCCUCUUCCUCAUCUUCUAAGAAGAGAAAUAAGAUUAAGACUACUCCCAGUUUCCCACAACCACCAGAUCUGGACUCGGUCCCCAAUGCACCUCCACGGACUACCUUGCUCGAAGCUGCAAACCACGUGCUCAACCCUCCUCUCCCAUCUGUGGAAUUUCUCAUUGAUCCUUCAUCCCGCCCUCGAACAAUUUUUCAUGAUCGUGUUUACUCCGCUAGCGAUUGCCCUCCACCCCCCUCUCCUAGCAUUGAUAAGGACAACAUUAUGAAAGUCGAGGAAAAGAUCGCUCGAGCUUACCACGCAGAUAUGGCAUGGAGGAAAGUCUUGGUUAGUCUAGAGCCAGACGCACAUAACAACAUGAUUGUCCGCCGUAUGUUCGCCAAUGCCUAUGGUUGGCCAGUCGUCCGCCACGUCGUCGAAACCCAUUUUGGAGAAUCAUGGAGUGCUCGCACAGCAGAUGAAAAUGAAGGCAAAGAAGAUCGUGCUGCCACACCAGAAGCUACUGAAGAAGCCGGCGAUGGCCAGCAGACUCCCGUACCGGAAUUCCAGGACCAAAGCUUGGAUAAUGAUACGCACCUAGAUGUGGAACGAGAAAUUGCUUCGAUCAGAAAUAGAGCUCGUUCCCCAACCGCUUCAUCCGGUGCAUGGAGUGAUAGAGCAUUCGCCAUUACCGACGAUGAUGACUCUGACUCUGACGUUGAAGUCCGAAAGGAGGAAGAAAUUGGCCGCUUUCUCGGUCUGCAACCACGGCUCCAACGCCCUUCCCUUGGCCUCGAAUUGUCACACAAAAGCACCUCUUCUACAUCCGGAAUUUCUCGUAUCGAUGUAGUUGUCUCACCCAUCGCCAGUGCCAGCGGUGACCUUGGGGACGGGCCAAGUGCAGUGUGGGGGGAGACGGGUAGCAGCGGCGGCGGGCUAGGUCUCCCUGAUGUCACACGCAUCGGCCUAGGGCGUUGGGGGAGCAGCAGUAGCAUCCCUUCUACAACAAGGCUCACAGGUGCCAGCUUGGAAGCCGUCAGAUGCGGCACUAGUGGAAGCGAUGCGGUGCGGCUGCUAGAACGAAAUAUUAGCAUCGCAGGGCCUAACAGGAACUCUAGUAGUAGAGCCAGCAGUAGUAAAAGUGCCGACACAGAAUGUGGCAUUAAAGGCAACAGUAGGACCGGAAGCCAUACAGAGGGUAGUAUCCAGGGUGAUCUAUCUGACCGCGAUGGUAUAUUGAGCUUGACAUCGGAAGCGGGCGCGGUGAAUUAA